GAUCAGGAGAUGGAACUUGUCAUAUCUGGAGGGCCAUCGUCUCAAAACCUGAAGAGGUAAGAGAAAGUUUCACGAACAAUCAUGUUAGACAAGUUUUAAAACACUGGUUAGGGCACACUGCAAGCAAGACCUUUCUAGUAAAGUUACUUCUUUUAACUGCGGUAGGGUAGCUCAGUCGGUGGAGUGCUUGACUGUAUAGCAGGAUGUCAUGGGUUCUAUUCCCAUGCCAGACCAAUACUCAAGGGUGAAGGUACUGCCUGUUGCCCUGCAAACGUUGAUCAUGAUGCUGCUUGUAAUGAUGAUGGUGGCAGGAUAAGCUCUGUUGGUAAAGCACUUGACUGCAGAGCAGAAGGUCCCAGGCUCUAUUCCCAUGCUGAACCAAUACUCAGGGUUGAAGGUAAUUCCUGUUGCCCUGCAAACGUUGAUCAUGAUGCUGCUUAUGAUGAUGAUGAUGGUCUCUUACCAAACGUUUCUACCCCAUUAAGAUAAGCUCUGGUGGUAAAGCGCUUGAGUGCAGAGCAGAAGGUCCCAGGCUCUAUUCCCAUGCUGGACAAAUACUCAGGGUUGAAGGAUGAGGAAAAAAGGAAAAAUAAAUCUCCUCCCACCAAAUCAAGUUUUUCUUUAACCAGUACACUUUCAGCUGCUUACCCUAUCCCUCACCUCCAACAGAGGUCUGCUGCAAUCAUCCUUGGGUCCUUGUUUUGCUUGCAGGAAAUUUGGCCACCAUCAAACCAAGUGUCCCCAAAGGGCAGUGUUUCAGCCUACAAGCCUCGACGAUGAAAAGCCCAGGUCUUGAGGAUUGAUCCUGGCAUGUGUGUGGAUUCAGGUAAGUGUCUUUUUGAAUGUGCUUUUUUCAGAGAUUUUGAAUGUGAGACCUUCGGGUGGCUUGGAUGACCAAGUAAAACGGCGGUCCUGUCUCCAGUAGGAGACUGAGAACAGUGUCCCCAAUCAAAAAGUAUGUUCUUGCUAAGCACUACCCAUGGUGCUCCUCUGAGCACGCUUUUGGCACUAUUGAGAGCUCCACUAUAAUGAAAUAGAUAAUCAUUCUUUGCUUGUCAUUAAUUUAAAAGUGCAAAAGUCUUUAUACUCCGGCCUCUGCAUUGCGGUGAGUCUCGGAUUUUCCCAUAGUCGUCACCCGGCUUAACUUCUUUGUUUUGCACAUUCUAAAAGCCUCUGUCAGUAACGUUGGAGCUAAAAGAAUGUACGCGUUUGAAAAUUUUAUGUUCCUAUUUUUCACAAUCCAAAAUCAGGUACCUUAUGCUCUGUAUUGUUUUAAAGUUGUUUCGUCAGAAACAAACAGAAACUCUGAAUGACGGCUUUUUUCCAUCUCACAAAUAAAUAUAACAAUUGUACCGAUGAUCUGACCAAGUUGUGUAACGAGGAACUGAAGAGCCUCUUUAAUUUUUGUUUUUUUGUGUGUUCAGACAUGCGGUGUGGUAUCUGAGCAUACAGCACGGAUGUGUACAAGGUAGACGAUAAUAACACAAGUUACGGUUACACUAAGAAGCAUUUUUGUCGUGGAAUAAGUCUUUUUACCUCAGGAAUAUGUGAGUGCUCUUUUCCAAGAUAAACGUACUCGCAUAACAGUGGACGCGUUAAAACUUUCAAAAGAAGCAGACAUUGACAGCUUGACGCCGGAUAUUGCUACUGACGUGUUUUUUCUCGGGUCUCUGGAUUAAACAACCAAUCAGAGGAGCAGCUAUGUAAUUUCCCGCUUAAAACUUCCUACACACAGCUAGUCCUGCGUGAAACAAACUUGCAUGUAACUGCUCUGAUCUUGGUAUGUGUAAUACCGCUGAUAAAUGUGUCGCCAGAGAAUACUUUUCCCCUUGAGAGUUAAUUAAACAAAAGGUUUCCAUCAUGUAAUGUUUAACCUACAAUCAGCGACAAAAUUGUUGAGGCAUUUUGCUCAAAUAUGGUAACUAUCCACACCCAUCCCCUGUUUCCUCCAUUAAAAGUUCGGGUGUUUGUUAUUUUCUAUAGGUAACUCGAACAGUGGGACAGCAUUGGUGGAGGGGGUAGGUGCGGGAAAGCUCUAUUUCCUCUUUUUAAGUUGGCAAACAACAGAGAGGCCCUUAUUCAAGGGCAAAGUGCCUCAGCUAAUUUUGUUGCCGAUUGUAGCUAAAACGACAAAAAUGCUCUCAAGGAGAACGUUCCAGUUUUCGUAUAACUGAUAAAGUAAUUAUUGUUUUAUUUAACAGGUCUCAUAGAUGUCCUCAACACUCUGAUGAGCAAAGACAAGCUGUUAGGAUUUUGCUGUUAGGUAUACAGGCCCUUUUGUUGUAUCACUUGUCAGUAUAAAGCGUUUUUACUCACGUGGCCAGUAUCUAUGCAAAUUUAUUGGAACAAAAGAAAGCCUUCGCAUAAGAAAAUAAUUCAAUUCCCACAGCAUCGACUUGGUACACCAACAUGGCGGCCGUUUCAUUGUUUUGGAAGGCCAAUAUGGCCGCCGUGACGUCAUGUGAAAACGCCCUAUUGGUAGACAUUGGUUAAUAUCAGAAACUAAUGUUAUGUCAUAAUAAUGUCAUAAUAAUGUUAAUAUGCAGUACAUUCACACAAAACAAACCAAAGCUAAGAGCGGUAGCUCCAAAUGACCAAUAAGAUCUUGAAAUAAAUUCAAAUUCUUGUAGUCGGCACGAAACGCGGGAAAACAGGUGGGAGCCAGUCACGUGUGGUUAUAGGCUUACUCCUGAUUGGUCCAGAUGGUGAACUGGCGUGAGUUAUUUCAAACUCACUUUCUACACUCAACGAAAAUCGCUGUUAAAGCUAUUUAUUAUUCAUGGUCACCAUCCUUGCACAAUUUAUACCUUGUUGUUUCUGCUGUUUUUAUUGUUGUCUUCAGGUUAUCCAGAUGUGGAGCCCACUGUUGGAAGAUUACGACUUGAAAGGUGACCUCUAAGCCAUACAGUGUACACCUCUCCCCCGAAAAUCAGCGUCAUGACUAGCUCCUUCUCUACUUUCAAAAUGCCGGCACGCGGAGUCCCUACUGGACAUUAGCGAUUAGCAUGAGAGCGAGUGGCCUCGGGCUACUUAGACACUUCCCUUCAGGAGAAUUCAAGGGACAUUCUCAAUUUCUUAAUCAUAAGCAUAACAAAAUUCUCUUAUAUUAUUAGCUAUCACUAGCCCCGGAUUCAGCAUUAAUCUUUCGAGUGGUUAAACAAAAUCGGACGACCGCGUGUCAAUUCUGCCAUCAGCGGGCUGCAUUUUGUUAACACAUCACCUCGUUAAGCAAAAUACUAUUUCACUGCGGGUUUAACUUUUAUAUUUUACGCAAGUACAGCAUUUCAAAGAUCUUUACUGCGUGUUAUGCCUAAAACUUUCUAGAGCCCACAAUACAAAGCUAUCUUUAUGGUGUCAUAAGAAUGACACGGGACGACUUACAACGACGAUUUUUAGCGCAACAGUGUUGGAAGAAUGUUGUAACCAUUCGAAACAAUGUCGCAACAAUGUUGCAACGCUGUGUUGCGCUAAAAAUCGCCGUUUCGUGUAACAUCACCUUGCUUAGAACAACAAUGUAUAAGCGCUAUAUAAAUUCCAUUAUUAUGAUUAUUAUUUCUGGAAAAAGUCAGAGUUCUCCCACAGGAGUCGAACCUACAACUUGGUUAAUGGUCCAGAUCCUCUACCACUGAGCUAUAAGCGAUUCGUAGGAGCAAAGGCCGUUAAACUAAGUUCACACUCUAUAUGCACAUCUUCCAUAUUGCACCUUGUGCACCCCAAACAUUUUGCAUAACUUUUGAUUUUCACUUCUCCUGGUUAUUAUAGCGGUCCUAGGAGAAAUUGAGGAUAAUGCCUAUGAAAAAAAAAAUUGGCGGGGGAUGGAGGGGGCAAACAGGGUGUAUCAUGAAGUUGGGCAAAUAGCGAAUUAGCCUGCCAAGCUGACGGGUUUUGGUGGAGAAUGCGUUCGCGAACGAGCGGCGAAACCGAAAGAGGGUUUGGGAAAAAAGAGCGCCUUACGCUCUCCAACAAAAGUAGCAGCUACGCAGGUUAAGGUUGACAUGACAAGCAUCCUGUUCUUUGUCGUUUGCAAAGUCGUUUGCUUUUGUUCCCAGGUAUUCGUGCCAUAACUUUUUCAAAAUAUAAUCUCUUAUUUUUUACUUCUCUAAUUUCAGAGGUACUUUGGAAGCUGAUGACGUAAUCGGUAAGGAAUGAGAGCUUCUUUCUGUGUUGAUGUGCUGUUGAACAGGUUUGUUGAUGCAAAGUAUGUUUUCUCUUCAGAUGUUGAUAGUUAUGAAGACGGUGAUGGCCAGGCGUUAAGAGAUACAUUGAACAGGUGUGACAUGAAAUUUCCGUCAUAAUUACUAAGAAAGGGUUUUGAAUAAACUGUUUAGUACUACAGGCUAUAGGCCUAGGCUAAACACAGUUUAUUUACGUUUUACAAGUAGCCACGGUCGGUUAGUUUUGCCAUGAAGGCAAUACGGUGCGUUUUACCUUUUCCCCCGUAUAAGGCAGCGGCUCCUGGGUCACCUUUUUUUUCCAAGGAAGGCAGCGAAACGUCUUCUAAAAAACAUCACAUCUUGAUGCGUAUAAGGCACCGGCUUCUGCCGGCUUCACCUUUUUUUCCGUCGAACUCGACGAAACGCCUUCUAAAAAACGCCACAUCUUGAUGAGUGCUGUCUUGUUUUCUACGAAUAGCCUCAAAAUGCAUAACUUCACAAAAACUGAGCCUGCGAUCGUUUCGUAGAAAACACUGCACUAUCAAAGAUGGAGCCCAAACUUACGAUUUCAUUGUAGACAAAAGCUGCUUGUUAUCCUCCAUUAUUCUAAAAGUUUUAAGUUGAUGAGAAGUAAUGAGAAAAGGGAAAGUGUAUAAAAUUGUAUAAGAAUUUUUGAAAGCAUUUUGAUGUUGAGCAAAACUUCACUCGUCCGAAGGGCGACUUUCGGAGUUAUCUUAAUCGUCCGACUGGGCAUAUGGAUCCCUGUACCCUAUAUGUUAAUUGCUAUAGUGGUUUAUUAGUAAGCCAUAAUUUGAGGAUCGUUCCCUAACUGCUCUGCGAGGAGCCUGAUAGUAUGGAGCCGCGAGUUCUGCGCGAGUGACAAGUAAUGUGGAACGUACUCCCACAAUGUGAAGUAGUUGAGAGACUUUCAGAAGGACAGAACGAUUUAUUUUUAAAGUGACACUUACAAUUGACUGAGUUUUUACACGUUUUCUACCUUACAUUUCAUCCUGUUCCUUCUCUCUUUUCUUCCUCAGUUUCUCCCUUUGUCCUUCUCAGGUUCUUGCUGUUACGUUCUCUGUUUUCUUUUUCCUUUUCUUUCUUUCUCUUAGCCUUUCUCCUCUUUCCGUUUAGUUACAGAUUUUCUCUGUUUUUAUACUCUACCCAUUUUAACGUAUCUUCAAAAACUCUUUAAUAAUUCAUAAAGAAAAAACAAAAGAAAUUAAUGUUUAAUGAGUGUCUUUAUAUCUGAUAAAGACACGGCUAAAUUUUACGUCCAUGACAUCACAACUCAAUUGACCAAUCAUGUCAAUAACUAGAGUUAAAUACUACAGUUCAAGUCCCAAGAGUGAUCAAGGUCAAUUUUCCCCAAUAAUAUCAAUACGUAACGGAAAGUAAAGGUUAUAAUAAUCACUUAAAGGAAACUGCUCUGAUCUUAAAACAAAUUCUCUGGACUAAUUCUUUAAGAAACUGUAGUUAAUUUUCAGCAUAGUGGUUUAGCUGUACCUGGACUUCAUUUGUGCGUGUGUUUUGUAGGUUAUCUUGGGAAGAAGAAUCCAAUGUAUCAACAGGAGACGAGAAUUCGCCAGCGGGUAAAUGUGAGUUUUUUUUACAUACCAAGUGGCAGUGAAUUUAACUUUUUACUUAAGUUCUUUUGGUGAAAAAAUCCGUAAAAAUUGCAAAAAUUUAGUGCCACACGAUUUUAGAUUUGGUGAUUGAAAAUAGACCUUGUCACAGUUUUGGAAGUCAUCUUGACUAGUAGGCAACGACGUAAAAAAUUACAGUGUAUGAAUGAGAAUCUAAUGUCGAAUAAUUUUCGUAAAAAGGCUUUUCUGAAAAAAAAAAUGCUGUGUAAACUUGAGCUACACAGCAAAGGAUUUCACUAACAAAUACUGUCCUUAAAUUUCUCCAGAUGCUUGCUUUAGAUUUUCUAUAUAUUUGUCUACAAUUCUUCCCUGGAAAUUUUAGUCGGCAGGAGGAAAAUUUUUACAGACAAGUGUAUGUAAAAUUUUAAAAACUAGUUCUAGCGCAGGUAGCUACAUGUGACGCUGUAAAAUGUUUUCAGUAGAAUCCUUAGGAGUGAAGCUUUAGUUUACAAUCCAUAUUUUUCUCAGAACAGCCGUUUUACGGAAAUUAUUCGACAUUAGAUUCUAACACCAACACUGUAAUUUCUCACGCGGUUGCCUGAUCGUCGAUAUGGCUUCCAAAACCGAGACAAGGUCUAUUAGACUGUCAUGUGUUGGCGCCUUUUUGUUUUCAAACCAGAAUUCUAUCAACGUUUGUCAGUCAUCAAAAGGACCUCGUAACCUGUUCCAGGUGUUUUGAUUAUGGGGACGGCGCUAUAAGAUGUGAGCAGAAAAACACUAUGAGGGGGUGGGGUAGGGAUUGUUUCCCGCUCUCUGACCGUCACACCUCACUCCAUUCUGAAUGCCUAGCGCAGGCUACUUCCCAGGAGGCCCCACAAACUUUUGUCUCACCUUUCCAUCCCUCCCUCCCAAAAAAGCUGAAAGUCAAAAAAUCAAUUUUCGAACACAACCAGCGCCGUAGCUAGUAUGAGGCCAACCGAGGCACUCGCCUCGGUAAAAUUUUGACGAAUUUCGCCGAUCAUUUUUAUUUUACAUAAGCGAUCAUCGGAUAUUUUUAACGCAUCAUGAUAUUACAAAGAAUUCAGCAAUUCAGUCAAUAUACUAUGAAAAAAUUACCAUAUCAUCGAUCUCAAGGGGUUACGUACGUUAACUCAAAUUUUUUUUGAACAAAUACUGAUCAAAACCAUUGGCGAGGUUAAAGGUCACCCAGAUUAUGUAGCUUGUUUCUGAUUAUUGCUUUUUAAAUUCCACUUAAAUUAAGUCGAAAAAAAGUUACCGAAAGGCCCAGAAAACGCUGCAAAUCGCAAUUCCGAGAGACUAAAGUUCAAAAUUUCUCGGGGGGGGGGGGGCAUGCCCCCGAACCCCCCUAGCAACUCCCCCCUGCCUCGGUUGGCCGUUUGGUCUGGCUACGGCACUGACAACUCGGUUGCAGCGACAUUUGGAUUUUUAUAGCAAGAAGCCGACUUUUUCGCGAAAAUCUAGGAAUACAUUUUGCUCAGUUUGACUUGCACAGUUUGUAAAAAGUUAAUUUUAUGGUCACUCUGUUGAAGGUGCAAACGAAUUUGGUAAGUUACAUAAUUUUUUUUCAGUGUUUGUAGUAGGUCCAAACAAAUUUCGGAGUUCUAAAACUUUUCUUCAAGAUUUUGCAUGGAGCGAUCGAUCGAUUUGAAGAUUGUUUGGAAGAAUAUCCUGUUCGUGUGAUUUCUGUGGCUGUUGUUUAAAGAUGCGUAUUUAUUUUAGUCUUUUUUGUGCUAUAAAUAUAGGACUCCUUAUUUUUUUCAACUGUGAGUCACUGGUUCCGAACAGGGACUCGUGAUUUUUCACAAGAUGAUGGAGUCACCAUAACUAUUUGUAACAAAAUCACUGAGAGUUUUAAUGUUUUUAAUUUGACUAGUUUUUAUUUUCUUGCUAGCGUUUGGAAGUUUGGCUCUUAUAAAACAAAAGAGAAAGAAGAAGACAAAACACAAGAGACGACCAAGAUGAGAAGAGGCACUAUUGAAGGAAGUCUGAGGCGGAAGAAAAGUACGAUGAAAUUCGUCUGAUACGUGUGGAGACUGUCGUUGUCUGUUUAAGAAGGUCGAAUAUACACCUGGAUGUUUAUUCUCGUGUCUGAGGAAGGAAAGACGCUUGUGUCAUAGAAGUGGAGGCUUUGUCGAAUAACUUUCAUUGGAUACGCGGCGGUUUCAACUGCUAAAACCACAUUGGCACGAUAAACAGUUACGUCUUGUAUCGCUUUAUUUCCUUUCCAUUAUUUCGUUCCUCUUCAAGUUUAAGUUUGAAAAUAUUUAAUCUAUCACUGUAGGGAAGUCUGCGGUAGGUUUCACCUUACUUGUGCCAACCUUGACAAUGGUUCAGUCUAGUUACCUGGGUCUAGUUAUUCUGUUUGUUCUGUGCAGUUGACUAAUCUCCAUUUACCUGUGGUAUUGAGACGUUUUCGCCAACGUAAAAGGAUCAUAAAGGUGAUAAAGACUGUUAAUUUGACAUUCCUUGGUAUAAGCAGAAAAAACUGCAUUACUUUUAACCUAUGGGCAUGAUAUUUCUUGAGAUGGCUAACUCGAUGGAUUGUUAGAAAAGAACACACAAUAUGCAAAUUAACUAGUAAACGUGAUCAAACUUUGACGCAUGGCACUGUUUUCGUUACUGUAAUAGAGCCCGGCGAUGUUGGGUCCGCAAUGUACGUCUCAUAGGCGCC